AUGUUAGAAGAGAAGAUGGAGAAGAAGAUGUUUGGGGAGGGAGAGGAGGUGGCUGGGAUGCAGAUGCAAACGAGCAGAGACAGAGACAUGCAUAGAAAGAGACAGACAGAGGGCAAAGAGCAAGAGUAG